GAAGCCCGCCUGCCGUCCCCACUGCCCCGCCCCGCCGGGUGCCUCGCCGCCGUGGCUGCCCAUGGAGACCGAGGCGGAGGCCGAGGUGCGGCUCCUCUUGCAGGAAGCUCAGGAGAGCAUCGAGGCAGCGCGAAGCUACCGGCGGGAGCUAGAGCAGCGGCUGCGGGGGCUGCACCAGGCACGGGAGCAGAUCAGAGAAAGUGCAACAUUGACCAGAGAUGUACUUGAGCAACAUUUUAAUGAUUUAAAAGGGACUCUAAAGAAGCUGUUGGAUGAGCGACUGAUGUCACUGCUGCAGGAAGUGGAUGCUAUAGAACAAGAGAGCAUCAAACCCUUGGAUGAAUGCCAGAAGUUGAUAGAGCACGGAGUCAGUACAGCCAAUGAGCUGCUCCGGGAAGGAGAGAGUGCAGUCCACGGAGAUGUGGGAUCACAGAAUGAGAAACUUUGCAGCUUUACAAAAAAAGCUUUACAUAUUCAGCUAGAUAGCUUGCCAGAAGUGCCCUCCUUGGUUGAUGUGCCUUGUUUAUCUGCCCAGUUGGAUGACUGCCUUCUUACUAUACUGAAAAAUCAAAUAUUCAGACAUGGAACUGUGGCAUCUCGCCCACCUGUACAGCUAGAGGAGUUUGUUGAGAAGCCUGGAGGCAUUUUAGUCCGAUGGUGUAAGGUGGAUGAUGACUUCAUCCCCCAGGAUUACAGGCUGCAGUAUCGCAAGGGCACUGCCAGUCACUUUGAAGAUGUGUAUGUGGGCUCAGAGACAGAGUUCAUAGUGCUGCACAUCGAUCCCAAUGUGGAUUACCAGUUCAGAGUCUGUGCCCGAGGGGAUGGGCGGCAGGAAUGGAGCCCCUGGAGCAUUCCUCAGACCGGCCACACCACGCUGGUUCCCCAUGAAUGGACAACUGGCCUCGAGGGUUACAGCCUGAGCAGUCGAAGGAACAUUGCACUUCGGAACGAUUCGCAGUCCUGCGGUGUGCUCUACUCCAAGGCUCCCACUUAUGUCUGUGGGCAAACAUUAACCUUCAGAAUUGAGACGGUGGGGCAGCCGGACCGGCGGGACAGCCUGGGGGUGUGUGUGGAGCAGCAGAAUGGCUUCGACUCCUUGCAGCGGGAUAAAGCUGUUUGCAUUAGCACCAACGGGGCAGUGUUUGUGAAUGGAAAAGAGAUGACAAACCAGCUGCCUGCUGUGACAUCUGGCUCGACUGUGACAUUUGACAUGGAAGUUGUGCCGCUUGGACCUCCCAGCAACGAGGGAGGAAACUUCAAACUUCGAGUAACCAUUAGCUCCAACAACAGAGAAGUGGUCUUUGACUGGGUACUUGAUCAUUUUUGUGUCUCUUUGUACUUUGGAUGUUCGUUUUCAUACCCAGGCUGGAAGGUUUUGGUGUUUUAGCAGAGAGUGAAGGAAUUUUUGUGCUUGCUCUAAAGUGUAAUGUUCAAACCUGGGCUUCCAGCUGUUUGACACCAACAAUCUGUUAACAACCCCCUGUCUUUAAACUACUUGAACUUCACUGUGUUGUCCUUCCUACUGGAUUCAUUUAAACAAUUGUGAAGCAUUGGAUUUGUUACUCUGGAAAAAGCUAGAAACAGGCAGUCCCUAAAACCUUGCCCUUUUCUCCUCCAGAUGUGAUUUUUGUCAGUAUUCCAUUGUACUCUAGUCUCAGGGUACGCACAUUGUGUAGAGUUACCUUUGCUUAAUGCUGCUGUUGUGUGAAACAAGCCUGCAAACCUUUAGGGGGGUGGUAAUGGACCAAAGUUUUAUUUAUGCUACUCAAAAAGAGCAGUAAUGGCCUGCUCUGCUUCCUUGUGCACCAUGCUGCCUUACUUGUGUGAAGGAGCUCUGCAUGGAGCAGCUGCUCCUUCCACACACGGUACUGCUCCUUCCUCCAGAGCAAGGACCUCUGAGCCAUUAAUGUCUGCAAGAUAUGGAGCCAGGCUGUCAAUGUCUCAUUUAAGUGCCUUAUUUCCAGGUCUUUCUUGACCUGUUCUCUUUGUCACUUGGAAUUUCUAGAGCAGCUGCAUGGUGACGCUUACAUCAGCUUCAUGCAGAUGCUUGCCUCAAACUAGACCAGGACCUAAGCAGGGGGGGUACCUGCCCCUGCUCUGCAUGUCUCCCCCAGGUAGCAUUGACUCUGGGGCCUGUGUCAGAGCAAGCCUUAGUGAUUAGUACUCAGGCAUGGCACACAGAUUUGCAGCUGUGAUUCCUCACAGAGCCCUUCUAAGAC